AAAACAGGACGAUACUGGCCUGAAGCAGCACAUGCGGGCUUAGGGCAAUUUCGAGGACUUAAUUUCUUUUCUGAAUUUUUUAGAUUGUUACAUAAACAUAAAAUAGUUGAACUUUUUCGUAAUGUCUUGAUAUGGGAUCGUUUACUAAAUAAAAUAAUGUUUUAUUAGUAGUUUAUGACUGUUAUUAUAAUUCACAUGAUUGUAGUAUUCAAUGACGAUUUUAACAUCAUAGCCUCUUUUUGAUUACGUGAAUGCUUUUCUAUGGUGUCUUCACACAUCGUAAAAAUAAAAAUGGAUGUUUCUGUGUGGAAUUUGACAAGGUUCUUCCUUUCUGGUAGUGUGGUUAAAUGCGUUUUCGAUAUAUUAUUAUUGAUGUUUUAAUAUAAAAAUAAUGGAUACUGCUACGGUAGCAAUUAACUGUGUUACUGUUAAUUCAGAAGCAGUAGCGCAUAGGACCCUAGCAUCAACUCCGUCGUCGUCAACUUCGGGAUGUGUGUCUGGUGAUGAUACGUCAGAAGGAAAAAUUACAGCUCCGUCAAGCUUAAUCACUGCAGAAAACUACCUGACAUUAUGUGAUGAGCCGGGAGCGCUGUCCUCGGCGGAGGACUUGGCCCGGGCCGUGGACCGCUGCAAGGAGAUGGUGCUGGACAGCCGGGAGUGCUCGGAGGAGCGCCAGUGGCUGGUGCGACGGCUGAUCGAGCUGCGUCUCAGGCAGCAGGAGCAGAAGGAGGCGGGAGGGGUCGGCACCCCGGAGAUGCGUGUCGCGCUGGGUCACCACUUCGUGCUGCAGAGCGAGCCGGCUCCCACCGCCCGGCGCCACUGCGAUCGCUGCUGCGGCAUCAUCUGGGGCGUCCUGCACUCCUGGUACCAGUGCUGCGACUGCAAGUACAGCUGCCACGUGAAGUGCUUGCCGCAAGUGUGUCGGGUGUGCGCGCAUGUGCGGGCGUGCGAGAACCCAUCCUACGUCACCGACAUCUGCCCCGAGACGGGUCUGUCGACUCAGGGCUACCGCUGCGCCGAGUGCAAGGCCCACAUCACCUUCAAGAACAGCUGGGUGGAGCCGCGGCUCUGCGACUACGACGGCCAGUACUACUGCCCCGGCUGUCACUGGAACUCGACGGCCGUGAUCCCGGCCCGCGUCGUCCACAACUGGGACUUUGAGGAGCGGAAGGUGUGCCGGGCGUCCCGGCAGCUGCUGAAGCUCAUGUUCCGAUCCCCGGUCAUUCGGCUGGAGGCCCUCAACCCACGGCUCUUCGCCUUCGUCGAGGAGCUCAGCGUCGUCAAGAAACUCAGGGAGAACAUCCUGCUGAUGAAGAAGUACUUGAUCCUGUGCAAGGAUGCCAGCGAGUCCCGCCUGCUGGGGCGGCUGGGCGACCGCCUGCACUUCACGGAGAGCCUGGAUGCCUACAGCCUGCAGGACCUGGUGGAGCUGCACUCGGGCCAGCUGCUCGGCCAGCUGGAGAGCGUGGAGGCGGCAUUCGCAAGCCACAUCAGGACCGACUGCAAGUUGUGUUACGGACGGGGCUACGUGUGCGAGCUGUGUGAGGACAAGGAAGUCAUAUUCCCGUUUGACAGCUGCACCGCGACUUGCCCGGCGUGCCACACUGUGUUCCACAAGACGUGCUGGACCAAGAAGAACCACCAGUGUCCCAAGUGUGUGCGCCUGGAGAAGCGAGCAUCCUUGCACCUUGACAAGUCCCGCAGCGAUGAAGAAGACGUGCCGUAAUCUCAGUGCGCUCUCAGUUUGCUUCUCUUGACCUUCUGUAUGUGAUAUGUAUAGUUUUAUACCAGCUAAUGGUUUUGUGAUUUAUUUUUAAAGAUUUUGUUAAUCAUAUUAUAAUCUACGCACAUAACCUGUUUUACUGGCAUUUUUUGUGUCUGCCAUUUUAAGUAUUGUGUAUCACAACAUAUUUUUUAUAUUACAUAUUUUAUGGCCAGUUGUUAUUUGUAAAUAAUUCACUUUUUGUUUAUUUGUACAGCUUUAGUGUAUGAAUCUAACAGGUAUCAUUCAUUCUAUCAUAGUCUUUAAAGAAUUAAUAUAUAGGUGUUUCUUUGUGAUUACACUACACAUUCAGUAAAAUGUGUUACAAGACAUUCCUGCACAAUUCAAUCCCCCAUCUAAUAUGGUCAAAUAUUUUGGUCCUGACAUUUUUUCUAUAAAAUAUAUGUAAUUUUUUUCCAUGUAAGAAGUUGCCCAAAAACUUUAUUUACUGUAUAAAUCAGUUUUUUUUUUAAAUGUUAAAAUCCAUAUUUUGUUAGAGUAUUAUAGUUUACCUAUUUAACUAACAAACAUAAAAAGUUGUCUGAUGUGUAAAUUCUUUUUCAAACACGUUUUCAAACGUUGUAACCUGUGUUGUGCAAAUGUAAAUGUAGCCAGUGCUAUUUGCCAUCAUGUUUGGUUAUGUUAAUGCCUGUAUAGAGUGUCCGCACAUCAGGGGCCGGAUAUAUUAGCAUCUCUCUAUAUGUAUGCUAUUUUUUUUUUUUUUUGCUAAUUUAUACUUUAGAUGAUAAUUUACACUUUGUUCUUAUUUUCAACAUAAAUGCUAUUUUUCUAAACGAGUACUUUUUUCAGCUAAAUUAGCAAUAACUAGGGCAUGGAAUUUUUCGCGAUCGCGAAUUUUGCGAUUGGCCCGAAUUCUCUAUUGCGACCAUUCCGUUUAUAAGUCCGUUUUUCCGGAAACCGUGAGGGGUCGCAUCAGCGGGAUUCUACUGUAUUUGCAGAUGACUAAUACUCAUGCAAGGUUAAAGUAUCCUUUAACCCAAGUCUUGUGUUUCAGCAUAAUUACCUUUUUUAAAUAAGCCGUGUUCGUGUAUGGUUUUGAUGCUCAAAGUUGAUAUCGGGUAUAGUUCGCACUAAGUUUCUUCUCAUUUGUGUGCCGUGGUUUGUUCAAGUGGCAACCCUGUGUUCCUCCACUCCAUUAUGCCAAUACCGUAUUUAUUGAACGCAAGCAAACUCAAACUUUUGCACUCUACGAAAAAUAAAAAUAAAUUGUUGCUGAAUUCUAAAAUACCGUGCACACUUGGCCGUAUAUGAGAACGCGUUAAUUGUAUUUUGCAAAAAGUGUAUAAAAUAUUAUAUCAAAGCAAAAGAAUAACCUAAUAUCUUGUAUUUAUCCAAGUUGCAUCAUAUACGGUAAAAUGUAAACAAAACAAACCUGGUUUGUCCAGGUUAGCUAACAUAGCUUCUACUAACUUCUCACGUAAGCGAAUGCUUCCUUAACGAAGAUCAUACAUUUCUCAAACUGUGAGAAGUUUUGUUUUUGUAAAGCUAAACACAUAUGUUAGCGGCUAACGAAUUUAUCUUACCGUAGUUGUUUAUUUUGUAUAACUUCAUAAAUAGCAAGAGAAUAAGCAAAUAAUGAUUUUGUGGGUACGAAAUUAGUCUGCGCAGCGAGACUGGGAGUGUGCGGGCUUGUGUGACUAUCAUGCAGCCAGCAUCUGUUGUUGACGCCACGAGCCGCGACAGCGUUCCCAACGUAGUGGCAUUCCACUGCUGAUAUUUAUUCGCACGCCAAGUUUAUUUGAUUGUUUUCGUAACAGCCUGUUUGUAGUAUGUUGCAACAUAUUUCUGUCUAGAGUUUGAAAAUGCUGAAUAAUACUUUGAGUACUCGAGACCGAGCAUAUCAGUAUCAGAAACAUGGGUUUUAUUGUACUGACAAUAGCACAGUGAUGUGUAAAUUUUGCAACUGUAAAGUUUCAUGGGAAAGAAAAGAUUCCAUUGACAAACACCUAAAGUCGGCUAAGCAUGUGGCAUUGGCAGCCGAAAAGAAAAGAAAAUUUUUAGUUGCAAACAUCUAUAGCAACAUGUCUGUUUUGUGUAACGGUUUUGGAUUUAAUUGGCUGUUAUUAUGCAUAUUAGUCUAUUCCUAGUAUACAAGGAUUGUAUAUUAAAUAUGUAAACUAUUAUAUUCAAUAACUGCACAAUUUAGUCAACAAUUAGAAUACCGGUAAAAUUUCCAUUGCAUAACGAAAAUACCGACUUUAAACCACCGCUUUUCUAAUUUGAAAGUACCACUUUUUGCAUACUGAAAACACCGAAAUGUUCCAGGCCCUACAUUCAUUUUCAAAAAUAUCAUUUAUAAAAUGCCACAUAACUGCCAACAUAUUUUUUGUUUUUUCAAAAUUGUACUAAAUGUAUCUUCUUUCACUUAAGAAGAAACAGUCCUUGUAGACGUUCAGUGACCUUACUUAGCUUAUAUUCAUACUGUUUUCACCCACACAUGGGUCUCACAUUAUAUCCUAAUUUUUUGUUUAAUAACAUCUAGUGUUACCCUUAUGCAGAUUUUUCAUUUUGGGUAAAAAAAAAAAUAAAAAAAAAAUUGAUUGUGUAGUUGAAUAUGUGCUUAAAUAACUAGCUCGUGUUGGUUUUUAUAAAAAUGUUACGGGUAGGAAUAAAAUAUUUAAUUAAAAUAUCUCAGCAGUGCGUGUAAAGCAUCAUGAACUGGGCCGUUAUGCUGCAUCUGCCGCCUGUUGGGCGGCUGCCCGGCUGUCGCUGAUAAGUGACUUGGCUGUAAUCUGCCAUAUUGGCUAUCGGCAAGAGGGGAGAAUCUAUAAAUAAACCAACCAGAGAGUUAGAAAAGUAUGUGUUUGAGUGAAUAUGUCCAUGCAGCAGUGUUUAUGGUUCUCCCUCCCUUUGUCAUCAUUGUAAAUGUCCGUGAACUGGCACAGUAUACAAUCAUCACGUGUCUUAUCUCGACAGAUUUUUGUGACACAACUGUGUCUAAACAUUGUUUUUGUGCUAGAUUUUCCCCGCAUUCCAUGAUGAAACAGCUGUAAAGGGCAUGCUUGUUUUUAUUGAUGGAACUCACAAAAGAAAUUGACAAGAAAUAGUACUGUGCCGUUAUUUCUCGCUUGAGGUAGGGGACGAGUAAAAAAAUAUAUACAAUAGACUGGAAGGGAAACACGGUAUAAAAAUAGUAAUCUUUUCUUUUGUAUUUUUUGUUAGUGCGGGGAGGAAUGGGAGGUGAAGAAAGGGCCAUAAAGGAUGGGAGGGGAGAGACGAAGAAUCGAGGAUCAUCAGUGCCGUGUUUCUAACAUGACAAUGAACUGAGACACGAAUCAUAAACACUUCUCUUGUAUUCUUCUGGAGAUAAUUAGGUGAAAUUCAUAUUUGAGGGUCACCCUUACUGUGAAAAUGUUAGAUUUUUAUGCCCAAAAUUAUGGAUUCAACCCAUAUGCAGGGGUGACCAUCCUGCAGGUAAAUAUGGUACGUGUACCUACUUUGAAGUAUGGAUACAUGCACAUGAAUAAAUUUUUUAAUGGAUGUUAGUCACGUUAAGACUUAUUAUCAACACUUCCCCUAACAUACAAACUCAAUAUAUCUACCAUCUUUGCGGCAGAUUUUUCUCUGGUCUCAUGGACAAAAGGUGUAUGGUUGGCCAAUAACUAAUAAGAUGAAAAAAAAAAAAACAAGCUGCAGUCACUUUCAUUCAGCUUUAGCAGGAGUGUGAAGUGAAGUAAACCACAGCAGUACUACAGGUGCUUGGUUCCACAAAUAUUACACUUGACCAUGUUGCGAACUGCUAGUAAUCACGUUAUCCACUAGUUUUUGUGAAUAUAUUCUGUGAUAUUGCCAUAUUGGUGUAAUGCUGACAAGUUACAUAGAAUGUAGAUAACUUCCAAGUAACCAUUCAACCCAAUUAAUAUAUUUUAUAUGUGAAUUACCAUGCAUUAAACCUGCGAGUUGAUUUUUACUAGCAUAAUGUAAGCAAAUUUAGCAUUUAAUUUUUUUUUUGUGCUUUUUGUGUUUGUAUUAUUGAAUAUUGUUACAAAAGUGGGAGGCAAAGCUGCAAUGCACACCAGUUACCUGGGCAGCUAUUACGGCCACUGACGUCAUGCAUGCAUACCGUCGGGGAUUAGAGCAGCCCGGCCCCAUGCACCCUCCUUAUUCGGCACUGUCAUCUAUCCCUAAGUGGCGUGGGAACUCCAUGGGCUUACUGAGGCCUCCGCGUGGAGUCGCGUGAAUACUGCGCUGCUGUUCCGGAUGCCUCGAGUGUCAGGUCGGCCCGGGAUGACGCGACACGUCACAACCACUCCAGUCAGUUACAGAAAGACGGCUAACGGGUAUAAAAGAGGAGACCCCGGCCUCCGCAGCAGUUCCAACAGGCGAGUUGAGUGAAGUGCAAGUUUGGUGAGCGGCAUGACGUUGAGCGCCGGGACCAUGUGAUUGCUACUGAUUGGUGGUAAGACUUUGUGUGUGUGGACAGGUGUGAGGUAAGGGGCGAACCACUGUUGAGCCUAGCUCCAGUGAGGAGUGUGAACUGUGGACUAGUCAGAUAUUGGUGAGUUGUGAACAGACAUGGUGUGAUUUAAUUAGUAAUGUAAAUAUUAGUAGCAAAUACUUUAUUUAUUUAUUUAAUAUUGUAACAUGCCCACCAACAGCCGAGGGCUUUAGCGGUGGGCACGACACAUAUAUACAUACAAGGACAACAUAUAAACAAUACAAACAAGUAAAGUUAAAAUAAGUAUAACUAUUAAAAAUAAACAUCAAAAUAUAAAAUGCAUUAAAAGAAAUACAAAACAUAGACAUUACAGUAUAAUGAAAUUUACUAAUUGCAGGCUUAUGUAAAAAUUAAUUUUAAAGAAAAAAAGAAAAAUACAUUAUAUACCUAGACUUUCACAGAUUAAGAUGAUCAAUUUUAUUGAAAUUAGAAAUGAGUCGAAAAAUUAUAUCAUUUUUUUAUGGUAUGUACUUAAGGUAGAUAAACGGCUGUUAAAUUGGGAAAUUCUAAUGCCAGUAUUAUCAAGAAUGGACUUACAAUUUAAUUUUGAACAGUAACAGUUUUUAAUAAAUACAUAAUCCAGAUAGAUACGGCAUUCAGAAAGAGAAUCUAUAGUAAGCUGAGAGAAGUUUUUAAGUUUAAUUAUUUUAUCAAAUUUAUUCUGAAUGGAUUCUAAUUUAUUGCUAUCGGAAGGAUUAAUUGAAUUCCAAAUAACUGAACAAUAUUCUAACUUAGAUCUAACAAGUGAUAAAUAAAGACAAAGAAGAGAGUCACUGUUUGUAGCAUAGAACGUAAUAUAUUUGAUUAAUGCUAAUGUUCUAUUUGAACUAGUAACUAAGUAAUUUACAUGCAAGUGAAAAUAUAAUUUUGAGUCAAGUAGUAUACCUAAAUCUUUUAUAGAAGAAGUGAUUGGGAUUAUUUUAUUGUUAAGAACAUAAUCAUAUUUUACAGGAUGAUAUUUCCUUGUGAAGGAGAUAAUUUUUGUUUUACUUGUGUUAAGAGUUACUAAAUUUAAUAAGCACCAUUUAUUAAUUUCAUGUAUAUCAAUUUCAAGUAACAAGCAGUCAUUGAUAGAGUUAAUACUUCUGGAAAUUUUAAAAUCAUCGGCAAACAAUACACCACUCGAAUGUUUAGGUACAAAUGUAAUAUCAUCAAUGAAAAUAUUGAAAAGUAAUGGAGAGAGAGAGAGUGCCACCCUGCGGGACCCCAGAUGGAACUUUAAAAUAUGAAGAAUAACUGUUGUUGAUGGAAACAAAAAAGCAUCUAUUAUGAAGGUAGUCGGAAAACCAGGUUAAAAAAUUGCCACAUAAACCAAAUUUAGCAAGUUUACUGAGUAAAAUAUCAUGGUUAACAGUGUCGAAUGCUUUCGCAAGGUCAAAGUAGCAGGCAUCUACCUGACCCCUAUUCGUUACCUCAUAAUAAAUAGGAUUUAUAAAGGACACAAGGUUGGUUGCUGUGGUCAUACCAGUUCUAAAACCAUGUUGUGAAGGAGACAGUUGGUUUUUGAUUGGGAAAUUUAAGAAUUUAAAGAUAAUUUUUUCAAAUAUUUUAGACAAACCAUUAAGGAUGGAAAUAGGACGGUAGUUAGAUACCUUUAAUUUAGAACCACUUUUGAGAAUGGGAAUUACCCUUGCUAUUUUCCAUUUGGUGGGAAACGUUUGACUUUUCAAACUUACGUUAAAUAAAUGUUUAAGAAGUGGUGUUAAUAUGUAUGAACAGCCUUUAAGAACAAAGUUAGGUAUUCCAUCAGGACCGCAUGACAUAGAAGAUUUUAGGGAUUUAAUACCCCAAAGCACAAGACUUUCAGAAAUAACGGGGACCAAAAUGGUAUCAUGGGUUGACGUAAAACUGUAUAAAAUUAAUUGGGCUAUCCUUAUGAUCCGUUUUCCCCUCGAGUACCAAAAUUUAUUUUAUAAUCAUUUAGAAUGUAAAUAUUAAGUUUUAAAUUAGUUGCAUUAAAAAAAUUUCAUAAUAGAUGCUAAUUUUUCCAGCCCCUAGCACAUUUAAUCAAAUAUCAAUGUUGAUAGCUUGCCGACUCUGUCCGGUACUGGGUAAACUAUAUUUGAUAACCCACACUCUUUCGUGGUUAGUGUGUUCUAAAACGAUAGUUAUGGGAAUUGGUUACGCUACAUUAGUUCUAGGGGUUUGCAAGUAUUCAAAAAAUAUUUGAAUUUCAUGAAUAAUUUGAUAUUCAAUUUUCAUGAAUAAUUUGAUAAUUCGAUUUAUAAUUGAAUAUCUAAUAAUGUUUUAAUAAUUCGUUACCAAAAUACAUCUACACCAAGUGGAACCCGUUUACAAAAAUUAUUUCAUUGGAAAAAUAAAAUGUAAGCUGUAUGAAACUUAAGCUUUAUUGAGAAAUCUUGAUAUGUUCUAUGCAGCAUUAUACAUACAUUAUUUUUAUAUGUCACAAAUAAUAUUUGACUAUGAUUUAAAAUUAUUAAUAGAGAGAAGAUUUUAUGGUUUUAUUUUUAGUCCAAUUUAGUAGGUGAUUUCAAACAGAAGAUUUCAGUGUUGUUAUUUUCAUUUUUAUAAA